AGGUUUUGGGUUGUCAAUUUGUCAUGUCCUCUCUCAGACUCUCAGGUUUCUCUCUGUUCAGUUCACACCAUUGCACACCAUUCGUACUUGCGUACUGUUCAUACUCACAUCUCACGUUACUUGACGCUACUCACAGUGGGUUGUAUCGGAAAACCAAACAGCGGAUUUAUUAAGAAAAAGAAGAUUUUAUUCGUUACACUAAUAAAAGAGUAGCCGUGUUACGUACAUUAAAAACUUGAUGUUAAAAAAUAAUAGAAAUUGCAGAAUUGCUGUUAUACUGUUUUAGUGACGAUGAGAGAGAUGCUCGAUGUAAAAGCUAAAAAGCGUAAAGUCUCUAAGAAGACAAAAAGAUCAUGGAGGAAAUAUAUUGAUAUCAAAGAUGUAGAUACAUUUCUUGAUAACAAUAGAUUAGAGGAACGAUUGGGUACUUCUUUUUCUGAGUGUAUAGAUACUCAAUUGUUUACCAUUGACAAAACUGCUGAUGUGACUGAAAAUGUAAUUUCCAAACGUGCUGCCAGAUUAGCAUUGAAAAAUAAAGAACCAAGAUGUUUUGCUUCUUUGAAGUCGCAUACAUGUGUCCCCGAUCCAAUUUCGAAAAGAAACCGAGUAAGAACCAAAGAAGAACGUAUGAAUUCUAUAUUACGUCAACGUGAAGUAGAAAGGAAAGUGAAGGGUAUUCUUAAAUUAAAAGCGAAGAAAGCACUGAAAAAUAGAAUACUGGCAAAGGUUGCUUCAACAAAUUGUCCUAAGAGCAAAGAGAUUAAAGGGGAUAUAUGGAAUAGCACAAAUGUCUUAAUUCCAGAUACAGUCACCGAAUGGAUGUCUUCAAACAGCGUUAGGCAUACGCUGAAACAUUUAGGAAUAAAAAAAAGAAAAUUACCCUUAUUGUGCAAAAAGUCAUCUGUUUUACCUGCAGUGGAGAUUCCACAUCCAGGUACAUCUUAUAAUCCAUCAUAUAAUGAUCACCAGGAAUUAUUGCACAAUAUUGUGCAAAAAGAAUUGGAGCUUAUGAAGCAAGAUGAACAUUUGAACAGAGUCACAACUCAAAUGUUUAAAAAAAUUUCAUUGCAGAAUAGAGAUGAAAAUAUGAUGAAAGAAAUGUUAGAAGGUUUGCCAGAGAAUCAAGCCGCAUCAAGUUUUAAGUCAAUUGAGGAGAAUCAUGAAGAAGAAAAUUCAUCUAUCAUAAUUGCAAAUAAUAAAUCUAAAAAAAAUAUUAAAAAGACACUUGUUCAAAAAAGAAAACAACGAGAACAAAAACAAGCAAUUAAUGAACGUGCAUUGAUGAAACUCGAGAAAAAAAAAAUUUCUGAUAUCUAUAAAUUAAAGACUCUGCAAAAACAGAUGGAAGCCAAGGAGAGAAAGCAAGAAUCCUUGCGACAAAAGCGAAUGAAGAAACGCGAGAGGGAAUCUCUUGUGCCAAAAACUCUGAGUAAAACAAAGUUUGAACCUAUUGAUCCUGAUUUCCAGCUUGCAGAAGAAUUGACUGGCAAUUUGAGAAAUUGUAAACCUUCUAAUAAUUUAUUAAAAGAACGGUACAAAUCGUUUCAACAGAGAAAUAUUGUUGCACCAACUGUUAUAAAAUUGAAACGGGACAAAGCAAAAAUGAAAAAAUUUGUGAAGCCGGAUCAUAAACUAAACUUGGGUGACAUUAUAUAGUUUAUAAGAGAACUAUGUAAUUUAAAAUAAAGAGAAUUUAAUACCUGUGUAAAUAGGAAUAAUUACAUAGGUCUUAUAUAAUCUCAAAGACAAAUUGAAGGUACCAACGAGAUCCUAUUAAAGACAGCCGGUCUUACGAAAAUUUGAAUAACUUAAAAUUCAAGUGAUUAAUGGUGAAUUCGAUCACUCGCACUACAUUGGACCAGUGCAUAUUGAAAGCUGUUUUAUUUGAAAUAUCUCAAUGCAG